AUGGCUCCGCCUUCUCGCGCGGCAACUGGACGUGCAUUCAAUCGAUCACCGCUAAGUCUUGGCCAUCUAUUGUUAUUCUUUUCCAGUGUCAAAUCUUCAUUUACUCUGCAAAGGAAGCCUGAGAUGUCUUCGGUGACCAUCAAAAGAUCUGAUGAUGAUAAGUCUAUUCUUUUUAACGUAGAAAAAGACGUGAAACCUCUAGUUUCUGGUCCUGUGAUAAAAAUUGAUGACGAAGCUGAAAGUAAGCCGAGUACCAUAAAUGAAGAAUGUGGACCUCCAGACUCGGGCACUGUACUGUUUGCCACAGAUCUCAUGGAUUACUCGGGCACUGUACUAUUUGCCACAGAUCUCAUGGAUUUUAAACCAUCCACUGAUAUCGUAUCAGAAGAAAAGGUUAUUUCCCCGAGAAAUUAUUCUUCUCUUCCUACUAGAAAACGAAUUACCGGCAUGCCUAGUUCCACAAAUUCGCGAAAACUAGUUCCCUUGGCUCCAUGUACCUCUAGGGUUCGUAUCCCUCCCGUCCCUAUGCCCUUUCUCGCUCAGAGGGAGCAGCCUAUAGUUUUGGUCGGAUGUGAUAUACAAAAGAAUCUUUCUGUAACUCCGAUGCAGCUGGUUCCCAUCCGAGUUCGCCAGCCUUUACGCUUCACUGUAGCUUCAGAUGCAAUACCGCAAUUUGUCUGCCUUUCCACUCCCUCGUCAAGUGUCCCAAUACAGCUGGUGCCGCCAUCUAACCCUCCUUCCGCCGAAGAGCCUCCAAAAAAUGAUGAGACAUCGAAACCGAAACUCCCUGGAAGAAGAUACAUGAGCAAAAGAGGAUCUCGUUCCGUGAUGUGCUAUGAAAUUCCUGGCACUAGAUGGUCUUAUAUUUUCGCAAUGGAGCGCUCCAACAUAUCUUACGAUUUGUUUGAGUGUAUGCAAUGCAGGAAGAAGCGAAAGCGGACGACAAUAGCGAAUGAUCUUCAGGGAAUCGGUGAAGAGUUCUUAGAAGAUCCUUGUGAGUUGGAGCACAUAUGUAAUCCAGUAAGUACAGAUAAGCUGAGGCAUCAAAGACUGACUUACGAAAGGCGUCAAGAAAUUCGCAGAGCAAAUGGAGAUCUCUCAGUAAGCGAGCUCAAAAAGAAACUGAAAGCUGCUAAAGAUGAAGUUGCUGACGAACUUGCGCAUGCAAAACCGGAAGAGAUUCGCAGUGCAUGUACAACCCAGAAUCGCUUUGUGGGCCAGCUGAGAAGAAAUGCUCAGGGGCUGGUUUGCGGUCUCGAAUUCCAGAAUGAUCCUUGCAAAUUGCCCCACAAAUGCGUUCCUAUAGAUUCUUCCGACAGCUUCGCAGGAGGACCAGUGUUUGUGGUGAGUGUCACGUUUGCUAACACUUGCAAAGAUGGGACAAAAUUUUACUUCUUCCAGCGCUUCGCGAAAUAG